CCUUUACUUUUGGUUCUAACAAAGAAGGAAAAGAGACCUUCACUAUCACAAUGUUCAUUUGAAAUGGACUGCAGACAAGUGCUUCUGAUUUACUUUGUUUAACUUAAUGACAAGGGUUCCUUUGAACAGAACCAAACAGGUUAGGUAUGAAAGCACCUGCAUUGGCAGGAUCAACGGCCUGUGGUGUGUGUUUAUUGCCAAUGAUGCCACAGUGAAAGGUGGCACGGCGUAUCCAAUCAUGGUGAAGAAGCAGCUACGGGCACAGGAAGUAGCAAUUCAAAAUCGCCUGCCUUGUGUUUACCUGGUCGACUCUGGAGGAGCUUUUCUACCACUGCAGUCAGACAUCUUUCCUGAUAAGAAUCAUGGAGGAAGGACGUUCUAUUAUGAAGCCAUCAUGUCUGCCAUGAAGAUCCCACAGGUGUCAGUGGUGUGCGGGUCGUGCACAGCGGGUGGGGCUUAUAUCCCCACAAUGGCAGAAGAGGCAGUGAUGGUGCACCGGAUAGGGACUAUAUUCCUGGGCGGACCGCCACUUGUCAAGGCCGCCACUGGAGAGGAGGUCACACCAGAAGACCUGGGAGGAGCCACGCUUCACGCUGAGGUGAGUGGCUGUGUGGACCAUUUUGCCUGGGAUGAAAAACAGGCGUACCAUGACACCAGAAACAUCAUAUCCACCCUCAACUUCCAACUGCCUGAGGAAGAGGAUGAGGAUGAGGAGAAGACGAGGAAGAGGAAAGCAGAGGAGGAGCCGCUGUACAGUUCAGAGGAGCUUCUGGGGCUGGCUCCCAGAAGUUAUAACCACAGUCUAGAUGUUAAGAUGCCACCUGGUGGGAAUAGUAGCCAACAACGGAGAGCUGUCGUACCAAGCUGCACUGAAAGGAAGUCGUUUUGUCCAGUUGUGUGACCAGAGAAACAUUCCUCGUGUCUUCCUUCAGAACACAGCACCCACAGCAGCUCUGACACUCUCCACAGCACAGGCAGCGAUGAACAGUAACCGUCUGAAGGCUCAUGGUUCAAUGAUGUCAGCAGUAGCAUGUGCCUCAGUCCCCAAAAUCACUGUGGUGAUCGGUGGUUGCCAUGGUGCUGACAGUUACGCCAUGGUGAGUCUCAG